AUGCACCACACAACUCCAGAGUUUGAGCCAGAGGAGAGCCAGAACGAAAACAUGCACCGAUCAGACAUAACUCCCUCUGAGUACCCCCCCACCCGGCACCCAGUAACCAGCGCUGAGGACAUUAACGAGAUGCAAGAUUUAGCUAUGUAUGAGACCACGAAAGCAGAGAGGCCAAAAGACGGAAAAGAGGACUACAACUGGAUCGCCCUUGGACAUGACCUCGAGAAAUUCGUAGCACAUGGACUCCGCCCAUCCCACCUGCUAGAAGGAGCUAACCCAGCCAGAGCUGAAGAAUGGAUGCGCACAGAAGGAGCUAUCCUUGCCUUGCCACUGGAUGCAGCCUACAAUGAAGAAAACAUGUGCAACUUCCAAACUAAUAUGGAAAUCUUCAUUGAAAGAGCCUUCCCGGACCAAACAAAGUGA